AAAAUAUGAAGACACAUAUUUCAUUUCCCACUAUAAAGUGUCGGGUUCCAUGCCUUGAAAACGUUUCCAUCAACUUUGUUCUUAGUUUAUUUUUUUCAACAAAAAUGCAGCAUUUCAUUGUUCCCAUAUCUAUGCCAUCCUUUGUAGAGUAUUUUUUUUUUUUUUGUCCUCAGUAUUAUACACUUAUAAUUCAUUAGUGAUGCAGAAUUCUUAAUGCAGUAUAUGGGUAUUCAAUUCAGGAUAAAGAGGCAGAUCAGAGAUGGAAGAUGCUCCACAAUUGAAGGAUGGUUGGUGAUUGGAUAGAGAGUCAAAGCCUCAGAGGAGAACCUGCAAAACAUUCACAGGGAUAUAUAAAUGAAGUGACUGGAACCAUACUUGGGAUUAAUCUGCAUAUUUCUUUUAACAUGAUUAUAUUGUGUUUUCUUUAGGGUCAGGAAACUUGGUGAAUUAUAGUCAUUUUCAGCUGGGAGUUUUUGCCUGAUCUUUCUCAAAGUCUCCAGCAAAAUCACAUGCCAUUUCCAUCACCUUGCACGUUGCAUUACAGUGAAAGGUGGAGGUCAGUAAAAGGUCAAGUCCAGCAUUAAGUGACUAAUGGAUUGAUGGGUAAAGGGCCAAAACCAGCACUGACCUGCCUGACAGGACUAAGAGAGAACAGGGGCAAUUGUGUUGUGCAAUAUAACACUACUCUACCUGGGAACAAGAUUACUUUCGAUCUCCUUGGAGCCAUUGCCAAAGAUGAUGUUAAGGAGGUGGAAGGUCACAUAAUAAGUAGCCCUGGGGAUCUCAGGAGUUACACUGUUCUGUGCAUUAGCUGCAAGCUGGGCUCCCUCAAAGUUGUUAAGAGUUUGGCUAACAAGAACCCUCGUCUGUGUCUCGAGGGGGACGAUAAUGGUGGGAGGAUUCCUCUUCACAUAGCCAUCAUGGAGGGGAAGGCUGAGAUAGUAAAGCAGCUUGUGUUGGCUUGCCCGGAGUCCCUUGAUUAUGUAACCCCGGGUGGCGAAACUGUCAUCCAUUUUGCACUGCUCAAGAACGGCAGCAAUGGCGGCGAUUGUUCUUGCCUGAAUGUCUUAAGGCAGGAGAUCCACAGGCUCAACAAGCAUUACCUCUUGGAAGACCUGAACCCAACAAUUGCCACCUCCAUAGCUUCCUUUGAAAUACAAGCCUCAACAAACUCUGCUCAGGAGGUUAGAAUUUCAGUGCCACCUUCAAACGAGGCAAUGAAUACUUCUCCUCCAAUGCAGCAGCAUCAGCAGUCAUCCAUGCUGCUAAAAGGAACGGCAUUCACAGCCGGAGUUACCUACACCGGUCUAUUCAAUUUCUUCACUGUAUUUCCCCAUGAUAACAACCCCAACCGCUUAAUCAGAACCUUCACUUCCAGGGAGGCUUUCUUCUCUCCCGGGUCGCUCCCAGAAGGCUUCUGGUUUCUCACUGUCACCACCUUUGCAUUUGUAUUAAGCACGAUAUCGAGCUUGGUGGCGAUUUUCUGGGCGGGCAGCCCGUGGUCCUUUGCAGUGAGAGCAGUUUCACUACUGGGAUUGUCCUCUUUGUUUCUCAGCUACUUGAUGAUGCUGAAAACACUGGUUCCACACUUUGCUGUCAUCUCUGCAAGUGGUCAUCAAAUCCUUUCAGGCUUCCAGCUGCUCUGCUUGUAUACCUUCCUUGCCCUUCUUCUUUCCAUGGCUGUGGCGCUGAUGGUUAGAUUCUUGUGGACUUUCAGACCUCAGCUCGCACGCAUGCAUGUCGUCUAAUCAGUUUGGUUCUUUGGUAAUUAGGGAUUGAAUUCAAUUGGUUCAUGACAUAUUCACUCUUAGCUUUCAUGCAUCUUGUCUUUGGUCACAAGAGUGAAUUUUGGGAAUAAUAUAAAAUAUUUUAGAACUUAAUUAAUUUGAAGUCUUUGUAAUUCUAGGCAGAAUACAAUUAAGAGA